UGUGUGUGUGUGUGUGUGUGUGUGUGAAAUUAGUGAGUGUGAUGUAGUGUCAGAGGUCAGACUGUGGCUUGUAAGUUUGGCAGGUGUUUUGCGUCAGACGGACUGUAGUGAACAGAUGAAGGCCUCAGAUCAUCCAUCACUCGACGCUCCCCACACACACUGAGGAGGAAAUAGUUCCUGAGCGCCGCCCGUUUCCAGGGGGAACUUUUAUAGGGGGCGGACCCUGAGGAGGUCAGAGGUCACGUCAGUCUGUUACUGUGAAGAAUGACGAGCUAUAAACAGGCCGGCGGCUCAAUGUGGCACAAAGCGCAGAAAUGUGAGUGAAGGAGAUCACGUUUAGAGGCUUUCUGAAGAUGCAGCGCUGAGAAUUCGCUCUCAUGUGACGUCUGAGGGGGCGGGGCGUCACUCACGGCAACCUGUAGCUAUGUGUGACGUCACAGAGAUGCUCCUUAAAACGGGGGCAGCAGCACCGCUCACACAGAGACCCGUCCUGAAGCCAUACAGGACAGAACCGAAGCGCUAACGACACGAUAACGUUUUCAGAAGCGUUGGACUGAUAUUUAUUUUUGUGAUCGACAAAUUUUGAGAAAUACUAGUUUUUUAAUGAACAAAGAUGGCUGCUUCAUCAUCUCUGAACACUCUUCUUCCUGCUCUUCUCAUCUUCCUCUUCAUCAGCAUGAUUGCACAGGUGAAGGGGCGGCCAUCAUCACGACGGCCAGAUGCUCAGGUUCUGCAGGAUUUAUUCGGAGCGGAGAUCGGCUCCCUUGUAUUGGCUCCUGUCGAGAUCACAGAGGGCUCCGCUGAGGCCCCGCCCCCCUCACAGAGCCAUGAUGGCCACCGGCCGCAGUCGCCCCGUGUGCUGCUGGACAUCCUCAGACAGCACAGGAAGCUGCAGGGGCGCAGCAGGAAGGGUGUAGCCCGGGGGUGUUUUGGGAUGAAGGUGGACCGGAUCGGGGUCAUCAGUGGACUGGGCUGCUGACACACACUUGUACACUCACUCAGGUGAUGAUGAAGGUGAAGGUGUGUGUGUUGGUCAGUGUUCUUCUGUCCUGCUGAACAUUCACGCAGCGCUCCUGCAAACAGCCCACAGUCCUCCUGACAGACCAUAAUACACUGACUGAACUGCACAACUCGGCACUGAACGCCUGUCUUUACAAGACCAUGAGCUUUCCUCAGAACAGUGUGUGUGUGUGUGUGUGUGUGUGUGUGUGUGAGAGAGAGAGAGAGAGAGAGUGUGUGAGUAUCGUGAGUGAG